AAUAAAUUAUUCAAAUGAGACCAAAGUAAUUGUGACGUCACGUUGGAACAACAAGUGUGUAUUGAGCCUCCGAGCUUUUGCGUUCGGUCUAAUAUUACCAGAAAUUAGAAAUGGACAAGUAUAGCAUCCAGUUUAUUGGCUCACCAUGCGGGGAACACGGUUCAUAUACGUUUUAUAAGGGCUUCAAAUAUUGUAAAGAUGGUAUAUGGAAGGUGUUGAAUUUGGGCGAAUUUUUCUAUGUACGAACAUCCCGUACAGCACCGAUUUCUAUUGCUGAGCUUCAGUUACUGUGGGCCGACAGGGGAAAUGGUGGCCACUUGUUAUCUAGCUGUCGACUGUAUUACCUACCAGAUCAUAUUCCUAAUGGCAGAACACAAUUUCAUGGACAGGAUGAAGUAGUAGCAAAUCACAACAAGGUUGUUUUGAAAUUACAUGACCUCCUUCAGUGGGUGUGUGAUGAUAUUAUUUGGCCUAAUGGCACCAAAGCAAUAAGUAACAUUCAACAACAUUCCAAGACAGAGGACGCUUCAGAUAUUGAUAAUUGUAGCAAUUCUUUAUGGAUCUCCAGUGGACUCAACAUUAAAGAAAUAGAAAAGAGCAGAAGAGUGAUAGAAAGUCCAGAAAUCCAAGAGAGGCCUAGAGUACACAUUGUGAGUUACCCAAACUACUGUCGUUACAAAGCAGUUUUAAAGAGGAUCGAGAACAUGCCAGAAAGGAUGCUAACUGAUGCCUACGUGACAGUGCUGGGAGGCAUCGUGACACCUUACCGAAAUACAAAGCUUCUAUUCUGCCGAGACACAACAGAUAUUCCUAGCUUGAUCAAUCAUAAUAAGAUUUGUGAUGAAUUAGCACCAAAUUUGAAAGGUAGGCCGAGGAAAAAGCGAAGUCUACAGAAGGGCUCGAGUGUAGAUGAAGACUAUGAACCAGCGGGUAAUUGCAGCAGCAGCAGUAAAGAAAAUGACGACAAUGAUAAGGCAGAGAUCUUACUUGUGGAAAAGGAAAAAAACAAAUCUCUCCUGAAAGGAAAGGAGAGCCGAAUAAGGCCGAAGGUGAAGAUAACUCCAAGAUUGAACAAAGUGAACGAGGAAGCAAGGUUUAUUGAAAGUCUCAACCAGUUUAUGGAAGUAGAGAAGAGACCAAUUGAUAGGAUACCUCACUUGGGCUUCAAGAAAAUCGACUUGUUCCUAUUUUUCAAUGAAGUUAAGAAGGUUGGUGGUUAUGAUGCUGUGUGCGAUCAAAGAAAGUGGAAGCAGAUCUACGACCAGCUAGGGGGCAGCCCCGGUAGUACGAGUGCAGCCACAUGUACACGAAGACAUUACGAAAAGCUCCUGUUAUCUUAUGAAAAACAUCUCAAAGGAGAAAAGGUGAUCACUCCACCCGCAACCAAGGUAAAGAAAAUUACAUGUAAUAACAAGGAUGUACCACAACCAGUAGUUGCCAGCCAGGCCCAGAGCAAGGAGCAGAACAAAGACCAGAGUAAGGGGCAAACCAAGGAUCAGAGCCUGAAGCCAGCAAUGAAAAUGCUACUUCAAAAGCCUAGGCAAAGGGUAAAGAAACCAAGAGCCAAAAUGUUGAAAGAUCAUGUCAGGGAAAUGGAGGAGAGAAAACGACUGGAGUCAUUAAAGGCCCAGCAACUUGGUGCUUUACAAAGUGGAGAAGCAAUGCCUAAGAAUGAUGUGUCUGUCUUGCAAAUAAAAAGUGAAGGCCAGCCGCUUGCAAUAACUCCAAUUCAGGCUGGUAUGCAUCAUCCGACCAAUCCAGCACUCGCCCUGGCUGCUGCCUCAUCAACUGACAAGACCAAUAGUACUCUCCCACCGGCUUCCUACCCUAUUCUGAAAUGUGUGAACCCAGCCUCGAUAUUUGCAACCAUUAAACAUGAUGGGCAGCCAAUGGCAGCCACGGUUCAUACCAUUCCUAAUCCAGGUAUUCAGUUUGUGAAUACUUUCCAUCCUGCUCAAAUUAAGGAGGAACCAAAAGCAGAGAAAGCUAACACACUGGCUGCCACAUCAGGACAGUUACAGAGCCUGCCAACUACAUCCCGGGCUUCUGUAAUCCAACAUACCCAUGGCAGUGAAGGAGAUUUAAUAACAAAUAAACCAGGUAUGGUGCAACCAUGCGAUCUGAUUUUAAGGCAAAAGACUGACACUCAAAGAAAGGUUGAGAAAGAGAGUAAGGAAGUUACAGAUUCAACUAAGGUCCAAGCAACUGCUCCUGAAGAUACCAUCAUUAUUACACCACGAUUAGUGCAACCAUUUUUUUCAAAUCUUGGGUUUCCACAAAUGAUGCUUUCAAAUCAAUUUGCUCUUAUGCGCAACAACUUCCCUCAGCUGCUUCAGGCUCCGUACAUGAAGCCACCACAAUUCAAUCAUAGAGUUGACACUUCUAAGAAGCGACAGACACACACACAAAAUGGGACUGUGUCAAAUUCUAUGUACAGUACCCCAGAACAAGAGGAGCCCUGUGACCUCAGUCUACCAAAAAAACGAAAAGUAUCGCAUAAUGCGGACACAAAGUUUUUAAAAUCUACAAAUCAUUUAUCCCAUCAUGCAAUGGGUCACCGUGAAAGUGGCAACAGGUCAAAGCAUGGCAAAUCAAGUGACAGAUACUUUCAUAAAAAUGCAUCACAUUUGUCUAAAGUUAAAAUGACCCCUGACACAAGAGGUUCAAUAACACAAGGGGUGAUCGACUCUAAAAAAAAACUCGCAGUUCCUAAUAGUCAGGUAUCACCAUUGAAAGGCAGCAAAGCUGAGUCUUCCAGAUUUACGCUUCCACAAGUUCCUGGCAUAACAUUCAACCCUAUUCCUGGAAUUCUGGAAGGUGCACAGAAAAACCAGCUUGUCUUCCAGGACAUCAAACCACCUCUUCUAACAGCAGCUUGUCCAACAAUUCUGUCACCUAGGUUUAUUUCUGCACCCUUGUUGAGUCCUCAGCUCCUGCAGGUUCCCCGUGAACAGGCAGCCGCAAUUCCAUUUGACAUCCGUCAAAGAAUGUUCCUACCUCCCUUUACAAGUGCUGGUCUUGUCACCCCAACAAAGGUAUCUUCUGAUGCAAAGCACAGUCCUGUUUAUAGAGCGUAGACCAGCAAACUAAUAUGCCUAUUGUCUUCCAUUAUCUGUCAACUCAUUUUUGUAACCAAUUAACAAUGCAUUCCAGUUCAUAUUGAUUGAAAGGAAAACACAAAAACAAGCCAUUGUAUAUUUUAUGUACAUACUAUCUGUGUGAAUACAUAAUGUUGUGGUAUUUAUAGAAAACAAAAAAAAAUGUUUAAAUGUAAUUUCUGAUCAUAUUUUAGAUACUUGUAUAGUAAAAUGAAUGUAAUAAUAUGCAAAAACAUUCAUAAUGUAAAAAAAGCAUAAUGAUUAGAAAUGAAAAAUUCUGUAUUUAUCAUAUAGUAUAUUCAUAUUUCUUAGGAUGUGUCUUAUGGUGUGUCUUCAUGCAUGUUGAUAUAUUUUUAUUGCUUAAGGUGUCUUUAUAGAGGGAUACUAGAAUGCUCUGGUUUAUUUGGUCUUUUUCAAAAAGCUUUACACAAAUUCAGCACGCAAAUGGCACUGUUCAAAUAGGCCUAGAUGAGAGUCAGUUCGUAAUUCAAUGCAAGCAUUUGAAUUUCGAUACAGGUAAAUUUCAAAACAUUUGGGUGCACAAGAUUUCCUUUCAAACAAAUGCACAAUAUCCAACUGUGAUGCUUCUCAAACCAGUCCUAGAAAUGUGGUGCUCUUGCAAGAAGUUGCGCCAAUUUUGGAGGCAAAAAGUGCAUACAGUAAAUGCUUGUUGACCUCUGACCUAGUUAGCACUCUGUAUUCUUAGAUCAGAUGCAUGUUGAUGGGGCACUUGUUUAUAUCACAUGCAUGUUUAUAUCACAUGCACCCACUCUGAAUGUGCAUUGCAUUUCUCCUAUGCAGGCCUUUGCGAUUCCAUUAAAUUGUAGAUACUUUUGAAAAAAAACAUAUGCAUUAAAUCUUUUUUUUUUAACUCUUUUUAUAAGAAGUUCAAGCAUAGAGGGGGCUAUAUACUAAAUCAAAAUAUAGUAUACAGUAAUUUUGAUGAUUCAUAAAUUUCAUGCAAAUAAGAACAAUUAAAAUACAUUCAUGAUAAAUACUAAUUAGCAUGAUUAAUAAUUAAAUUUAUUUCAAAAUAUUAGUAUUUAUCAAGAGAUAUUCAUUAAGAAUAUAUUAAUUUUCAAAGAAAGACUUUGUUUCAUUAUAAAUUUUAAUUCAUUUUGUGCUGAUUUUUAUUUUUGUUGAAAGCUAAUCAUUUGAACAGUAAUUAUUUUGUAUCAUUUUUCUUGAGGUAGACAUUGGCUAGUUAAACAAAAUAAUACAAAUGCCAUUGCCAAACAUUUUAUCCACUGGAGAAUGUUAUGUCUUCCAAAAAAGUCACAUUUGUAUUUUUAGAAUUAAUUUAAUGAAGAUUUAAAACAUAUCAUUUAGCUCUUAGUAGUGUCCAAAUAGUCCAUGAUUGAUACAAUGAAUUUUAUAUCAUUAAAAACUUGAUUUGAUGAUUUAUUUUUGUAAAGUUUUAUAAGCAAAAUGUCAAUAAGGUCAAAGGGUACGCUUGGCUAAUGCUGAAUAUCGAAUUAAAAGAUAUCCUAGCAAAUUGUAGAAGGCGCUCUUUAGACAAUAUUUUGCCCUAUCUGAUGACUCCUCUUCCAAUUGUUAAUACUCUUAUUGAAAGUUAUACUAUUUAUGGAGUAAUUUAAUACAAAUAAGUUUAAAAUAUGCAAGUUUGUCUUCCAAAAAUAAUAACUAUGCUUUGAAACUUUAAAAAAAAUAUGAUAGAGAGGAGCUUAGGGUAGCCCCUAUUGCACAUCUGACUGACACAUUGUUUCUGCAUUUUUUUUGGUUUUUUUUAAUAGUUUUUUUUGUCUAUUCUCUUUUUGUCCCACCCUCAUACAAAUGGGGUCAGGGGUGGUCCUGAUCAAUGUGUGAAAUUGGUGCUUUAAUAAAUGACCAAAUAUACUUGUCUUCCUUUAAGAAAUGGUUAUGCAAAAAAAAAAAAAAAACACUUAUAAACAUAAAAUAGGAAAUUGACAAUAAUGUAUAAAACACAAAUUUAAAUUUCUUUUAUAUAAUACUUCACAAAUAUUAGAUUUUUAUACUGAUUAUUAUACCAGGUCUAUAGCCCCUCCAGAAAAUAGUAGGGGUUUCUGAUAUAUAACAGUAUGUUGCUCAGUGGAGGGGUGUUUUUCUGACAAAACACUAUUUCUCAGGGGAGUGUUGUGAGCGAUCACUGUUGCUCAGGGGAAGGCAUUUUAUCUGAUAUAAUGCCAUGUUGCUGUGGGAAGGGGGUUUUCACUUAGCUAUUAGUAGUUUCUAAAUAAGCCAUGAUUGUAUACAAUGAAUUUUAUAUAGAAAACUUAAUUUGAUUUUCAUUUUCUAGAGUUUUAUAUAAGCACAAGAUCACUGUUGCACAGGGGAAGGAAUUUUAUCUAUUAUACUGUACCAUGUUGCUGUGGGGAGGGGGUGUUUUCACCAUACAGUGCCAUGUUGGUUUGUGGGGUUUAUAAUUACUCUUAUUUUUUUUCAAGUAAUACUAAGAAUCUUCCACUAUCUGCAUUGAAAUUCCCAAACGUAAACAGGUUCCCAAAGAUAAAUAAGUAUCUGACAUCAUAAUCACAGGUAGGCAUGGCCUACUGGAAGCACCAAGUGCAACCAAUGGGCAUGGUCUACCACGAGCAUUUGGUAGGCAUGGCCCAAUGGAAGCACCAAGUGCAACCAAUGGGCAGGGUCUACCAUAAGCAUUUGGUAGGCAUGGCCCACUGGAAGCACCAAGUGCAACCAAUGGGCAUGGUCUACCAUGAGCAUUUGGUAGGCAUGGCUCACUGGAAGCACCAGGUGCAACCAAUGUGCAUGGUCUACCAUGAGCAUCUGGUAGGCAUGGCUCACUGGAAGCACCAAAUGCAACCAAUGGGCAUGGUCUACCACGAGCAUGUAUUUGAUACUGGUUAUGUACUGUAUGGGACCUGAAAGUGUACCAGUAACAGGCAUAGAAUGUUUAAACAGGCUUAAAAAUGUUUUAUUGUGAUUAGGAUACUUUAGUAAUAAACUUUAUUAUUCCAACAUUGGGGACAAAUUUAUAUAAAAUAUACAGUAUAUAUUUAUAUAUUUUCAUUUGUAACCAUUGAGAUAUGCAGAACUUGUAUCUCCUUGCAGUAACAUAUCUUUUUGUUUUAUAGUUAAUCUUUAAUUUUUACAAAAUGAAUUUAUAUUAUGUUGCAGACAUUAUGUUGCGAUUGAAGAAUGUGUUAUAAAUGAAAUGUAGUUUGUUUUUUCCAAAAAAAAAAAAAAAAAAAAAUGAUUCUUAUGUGUAAAUAUCAUCUGCAUUAUUAAGUUGUAUGUAUUCAAAUUUUCAUUUCUGAUCAGUAUUGAAAUUAUAGAACGAUUUUUUUUUAUUUUGGGAAGUGCUUGAAUAAUGGUUUAUUGAUGACUAUCACAUUGUAUAUCUAUGCAAUAUGAAUUGUGUGUUUUAUCAACAUUAUAUAAUUUCCAAUAUCCACCCUAUUACAGUAUGUGUAUAAAUUUGUAUACUCAAAAAGUACUUACAGACGUUAUUAAAAUUGACUAUUUUGUUGGAUCGUCA